CUCAACACCAAUUACAAGAAACUCGUCCCGACACAUCCCACUAUCUCCACCACCGCCCACUACAAUUCUUGAAACACCAAUCUUCUUGCCACUUUCUGUCAUGCACCCAAAUUAUGCGGCUGGACUCACCGGCGCUCUAUUCGGGGCGGGACUCACCAUUUCAGAAGUUGCCGACCCAUCCGUCAUUCUCAAUCAGCUUCAAUUUACCGACUUCCACAUGUUACUCACUUUCCUCUCCGCCUCGGCUUGCAGCACCCCAAUCUUCGCCUUCGCCAAUUACUCCGAGUACGCUGUGAUUCCACCAAAACCUAGUAAUAGCUAUAAUUGGUUCGGCGCUUUCGAUGGCAACAUUAUGGGAGGCUUACUCCUCGGUCUUGGGAUGGGACUCACUGGCGCGUGCCCAGGGACGGUCCUAGUCCAAGCUGCCACCAACAUCCCAGGUAGUCGGUUCCUGCUCACCGGUGGAUUAGUUGGAGGUGUCAUCUUUGCGAAAUGGAGUCAAUCCUAUGGCCCGAGUCGCGUUGAAUCCAGGGCAGAUCAACCGUGUAAGAUGACGCAAUCAAAGAAGAGAGCAGUCCCUGCUACUAUGCUCGCCUACGAGGUCGUUGUCAUUGGCGCUAUUCUGGCAUUGAGUACCCUCGCGCCCAGGAAAAGACAUUUCUUUCACCCUGUGCUUGGUGGCGUCUUGAUCGGUCUAGCUCAAGCGGCUUCAGUCCUCGUCGCUAGAAAACCAUUGGGAGUCAGUACUGCCUAUGAAGAUGCGGGCAGGAUUUUUUGGGGUCUUUUCGAUGCUCGUUCUUUCCCUGGACUUCAAAAUCUGAUCUUCAUCUCCUCAGUAUUUGGGGCAGCUUCAGUGAUUGGGCCCCGUCUACCCCAAGGCAUGGACAAAUAUUCAACAGACAAUGUCAUCUCUCCGCUGGCCUCGCUCAUUGGCGGAAUCACCUUAGUGCUUGGGGCUCGUUUGGCCGGUGGCUGUACUACUGGACAUGGUAUCAGCGGCCUGUCAACGCUGGGGGCCAGUUCUUUUGUUACCAUAUGUACCAUUUUCGGCGGAGGACUUGUAACCAAGUACCUACUUAGUUGA